CUUCCAUAGUGCUGUCUGGGGUCAGGAUGGCUUUGGAAAUGUGGGUUCUGGUGGUGCUGGUUUGUGGGCCGGUGUUUGGUGGCGCUCCGGUAAGGCAGCAGCGCCAGGCAGAUUGGUGGCAGAAUUACAAGAGACCCAUCCCUGCUCAAGGCUCUCCUAGAGGGGCCAAUAGAGAGAGUGUUGUUCGCCCGCUGGUGGGACUGGGCUCUCUCAGAGGUAGCACCCAGUAUAGGAGAGGACCCAGUCAUUUGUUUAGUGGGGCCCUUCCCCGACAGAUGGUGCAGGAGCCCCCCAGUUCCCCUAUCAGCAUCCAAUGUACAGUGGACACCAUUGAGGUGAUAGUUAACAGGGACUUCUAUGAAAAUGGUAUGUUGGUGCAACCCUCUGAGCUGAGCCUGGGAUCCCAGUCCUGUGAGCCCAAGCAGAGCAAUGACACCACCAUCCUCUUCUCCAACAACAUCCAGGACUGCGGCAACACUUUACAGGUGACCUCGGACUACGUGAUCUACUCCAGCAUCCUGACCUACAGUCCAUUGGCUAAUGGAGUCAUCGUCCGUUCUAACCCAGCUGUGGUUCCAAUCAAAUGUAUUUAUUCAAGAUAUGGCAAUGUGAGCAGCGAAGCCAUCAUGCCAACCUGGUCUCCGUUCAGCACCACAGUAUCCUCCCACGAAAAACUGUUCUUUUCCCUGCAUCUGAUGAAUGAGGACUGGAGUGUCCCCAGAAGUUCUUCUGUCUUCCAAUUGGGCCAGAGCUUAAACAUUGAGGCCUCUGUAGACAUUCAGAACCACGUCGGCUUAAUCUUGUUUGUUGACUCCUGUGUGGCCACCAUAUCUCCUGAUCCCAACUCGACUCCUCACUAUGAACUCAUUGCAGCCAAUGGGUGCUUUGUGGAUGCAAUGAGAGAUGAUACAUCUUCAGCCUUCAGGUCUCCAAGGAUCCAACAAGGCAAGCUGCAGUUCACCAUCGAAGCUUUCCGCUUCCAGGAAGUAAAGGAGUCUGUGAUCUAUAUUACUUGCAAUUUGAGAGCAGUGUCUGCCUCCCAAGUCCCCAACUCUGUGAACAAAGCUUGCUCUUAUGACAGAGGCAGCAACAGUUGGUCCCCAGUGGAAGGGUCUAGUGACAUUUGUCAGUGCUGUGUCACUGGGGCCUGUGAACAACCCUUGCCUCAGGGCAGCCGUUUGGCAAAUCUUGGAAGACCCCAGGGAGCUGGAAGACCUAGAGUAGUUGGAAGACCCAGAGGCCUUCAGAAGAGACAUGUUGGUCAUCAUUCGGAGAAACAUGGCCAGGCUAUUCUUGGUCCACUCCUGGUGAUCGGCGCAGAGGAUCACCCAGCCCCCAGAACAGGGCUCAGUCGUGUUUCCAGGACUGCUUCAGAGUCCCAACCCUUGGCGCGGUGGGUUUUGGUGACAGUGGCUUCUAUCAGUCUGGUGGCUGUUCCUGCUGGUGUUGCUUGGAUUGGAAAACUGCUGCUUAACAAAUGUUCUUACAAAGCUGUAGAGAAAUAAAGAGUUUAAAUUUGA